AUGAGAGCGUUCAUACGGUGGAUGAAACAUCAAGGCGUAGACUGCAGCGAUGCUCUCCUCAUCUCGACGGAAAAUAGCGACGCCUCCCGUCCACCGUCUACCUCCGUGAAGGCUCUUUCCGAUCUCAAUGAAGGCGACGUCGUUGCCACGAUUCCGAAACAGAGUUGCCUCACCGUCAGGACCUCCGCCGCCAACCACCUAGUUGAUGAGGCUGAGCUCGGUGGAUAUUUGGGCCUAGCCGUUGCAAUCAUGUACGAGAAGAGCCUUGGACCGCAAUCGAAGUGGUUUGAAUACUUGCAGAUUCUGCCUCCCUUCGAGCCCAUCCCCUUGCUGUGGUCGCUCCCCGAAAUCGACUCUCUUCUCUCGGGCACCGAGCUACACAAGACAGUUAAAGAAGACAAGGCUUUGGUCUAUCAAGACUGGAAGGAGUGUAUCCAACCCAUUCUGGAUACGACAUCUUUUGAGCUAAAUCCAGAUUUUUUCACAUUAGAUGAAUAUUUGGCUGCAAAGAGUCUAGUUGCAUCGCGAUCAUUUCAAAUAGACGAAUUCCAUGGUUUUGGCAUGGUCCCUUUGGCUGACCUUUUUAAUCACAAGACGGCUGCUGAGGAUGUUCAUUUCACGUCUCUUGAUUCUAUUUCUGAAUCUGAUAAAGACAUUGAAAGCAGAAACGAAAAUGCAUAUGAUGGAAAUGACAGUGAUGAUGAGCCAACUGCUCCUGAUUUUCAUGCCGAAAUAGAAGAUUUAAGCCAGAGUGACCUGGAACUCUCUUCUGUAGCUGGAGAUGAAUCUACAUAUAUGGAAAUGAUUAUCAUUAAAGAUGUCAAAGCUGGAGCUGAGGUGUUCAACACAUAUGGGCAUUUGGGGAAUGCUGCCCUUCUGCAUAGAUAUGGCUUUACAGAACCAGAUAAUCCAUUUGACAUUGUGAAUAUAGAUUUAGAUAUAGUUGUUCAGUGGAGUUUAUCUUUGUUUUCAUGCCGUCAGAGUCGGAGAAGGUUAUCAUUCUGGAAAAAGUUGGAUUAUUGCGGAUGUGUCAGUCAAGAUUCCGAGUAUUUCGAGAUAUCAAUUGACGGGGAACCUCAGGUGGAGUUAUUAAUUUUACUUUAUAUCAUGUUGUUAACUGAGGAGGAUUUCCUUGAACUUGAUCUUGCAUUAUCUGCCGUGGGCAAGGUUAGAAAAGAUGCAUGCUUCCCCUUGUUGACAAAGGAGAAUUUUCUGUCGACCAAAGUUUUAGAAGCUAAUAAGAAAUUUUUACUUACUCAAGAUGUUUGCCGAGCUCUUUCUUUACUAGCAGAUGCUCGGGAAAAGUUAUAUGGCCCAACAUCCCUGGAAGAAGACAUAAAAUCACUUAAUGAGUGUUGUCAAGCAACUGACCCUAAAUCGUUUCAUUCUUUAAUACUGCGUGUUAGCGAGAGAAGGAUAAUUGAAAAACUUAGACAUUUUGCUGCGUCAGGAUCUGGGAUUUCAAUCUCUGCCGAAACAAGGAAGAGGAAAAGAUUGGAUAGAAAAUAA